CCCAGCAGCAAGACGCCGAGUGGCGGUGGCGCGUGCGCAGAGCUGUUGCUAUGGUUGAGCCUGAGAGGAAGAGAGCUCGGCUGGAUGAUCCAGAGCAACAGGGAGGGCCGGAUCUCCAGCAUGAAGAGCCGAUCGGCGGAGCUGUUCCUACAGUCCAGCCGGAGGAGGAACUUGAAGAAGCGAGGCGACGAUACCGCGGGGGCCUCUGCGACGAGUUUGCCAUUGUGACCGGUACGGAUGAUGCCGUAGCUCAGUGUUACCUGGCGGAAAAUGACUGGCUUUUAGAAAGAGCCCUCAACUCCUAUUUUGAAACGGAUGUUCAGCCAUCUUCCUCUGCAAUGGAGUCUACCUCACAGUUGAUUGAGAGGACUGAUUUCCAGGGAUGCAUUGACUUGACAAACACUGAUAAUGAGCAGACCAGCAAGGGAAAUACUGAACAGCCACGAGUAGAUGAAAGUCAGAUCUCGUUGUUAACGUGGAACAUAGAUGGACUUGAUCUGGCAAACUUGCAGGAAAGAGCACGGGGAGUUUGUGCUUGCCUAGCACUAUAUAGCCCUGAUAUAGUGUUUCUUCAGGAAGUUAUUGAACCCUAUUACCUUUACUUAAAGAAACGAGCAGUCAGCUAUACAAUUAUUCCAGGAGAUAAAGAUGACUACUUCACAGCCAUUAUGCUGAAAAAAUCUCGAGUGAAAUUAUUGAAACAAGAAAUAACACCUUUCCCAACCACUUCCAUGAAGAGAAACCUUCUUGCUGUUCAGGUAAAUAUUGCAGGAAAUGAACUCUGUUUAAUGACAUCCCACCUGGAGAGUACUAAAGCACAUUCACAGGAACGAGUCAAACAGUUGGAGAUUGUACUAAAGAAAAUCAAAGAAGCACCAGAAAAUAUCACAGUAAUAUUUGGUGGUGACACCAAUUUGAGAGAUCAAGAGGUUACAAAGGUUGGAGGUUUGCCAGAAGGUGUGUUGGAUGUCUGGGAGUUCUUAAACAAACCUGAACAUUGUCGAUAUACCUGGGACACUAAAACUAACAGUAACCUGAAAGCACAGUACACUUGCAGACUCCGCUUUGAUCGUAUGUUUUACAGGGCAGCCAGUGAAGGUCAGAUAGUUCCACAACAAAUGACCCUUGUUGGACAAGACAAGUUGGAUUGUGGGCGUUUUUGCAGUGAUCACUGGGGGCUCCUGUGUGACUUUGAUGUCAUAUUGUGAGUCUUAGCUAUGGUAGGUAGAGUAGAAGGCAACACUCAGAAUAUAAUACACAUGAAAUUUCUACUAAGGUGAUCUGUAAUAACUUGGUUAUUCAGAGUACUUUGAGUGAUCAGCUGUCUUAUCAUGUUUUCCUGAUUAAAGUGAUCAUGCCAGUUCACGCUUGUGUUUCCAAUCCCCUUCUGAAGAACCAGAGGAGUCGAUUUAGUGAAACAGGAAAGUUUCAGCUGCGGUGACAUAGGCAUUAGGUUGUGUUAUUGGAGCAGAGAUUCUAAUAGGCUAUGUAUGCUUAAUGCUGAGGCAGAGUUCUUUCAGUGGUAAUUGUUUCGUUCGUUAGCACAUCUCUUGCCUUGCUGAGUAUAACUUAAUUACCCUGCAGUUUCUUUUUAAAACGUUGUGACAGAAUGCUUUUUAAGGUCGCUGUCUUGUUUCUUUAUCAUUAUAGCUAUGUUCAGAGAGCUUAGAAAUUUGACAUUUGUGCACUUGUAGAGUGCAGAAGGCUUCAAGAUGCAAUAUGUAAAAUGUAAUCUUAAAUUAUGAAGACGGCAGAACUCACCGUCCUCUUAAAUGUCAAUGUGUAAUUGAUAAAACACAAUCCUUGCUUUUAAAUAUGUUCCUAAUACUAAU